CCUAACACCGACAAGACAUCGUAAGCGUUAAAGAUCUUUAUUUCGUUAUUUUCCGGUGUACGAAAUGUUAUAAAACGAGCUUUUAUAAUGCCGAAGUGUAACACAAAGGAUUUUUGAUAGUGGGAACCAGGAAUGGAGUAAAGCUGCCUUACUCGUGCUGCUGGCGUUUGAAAGUAAACAUCCGCUCCGUCACCGCCGUUUAAUAGCCCAUGAUGAGAUAGCUACAUGAAAAAUAACGUAACGUGAAUAAUAAAGAAAGAACCGUUCUGACAAAAAUGUUGGACAAAACGAAGAUGCAUUAAUGAACGUUAACAUCCCUGUUUGCCACCUCACCUUGGCUGAAUGAGGCCAAAAAUUGACUUCGUUAUUGACACAUCUAAACUGGCGUUAACGGUAACGCUACCAGAGGCACCAAGCUCAUCUGUCGUUAUUCCAACCAGUUUACGGUAAUCCAACAACACCAGGGGCCACAUCAUGGGUUUGAUGAACGUUGUCUUUUCCACCCUAGGGAAGUGCAUCGACUUUGUCUCCUUCUUAUUGGACUUACAUUUUGUCAUCGUACACACCCUGGUACAGUCUGUCCUAGCGAUUGUGACUUUUGUGAAUAGUCUGCCGGCCCUGCUCGUCAGCUCAGUGGUGGGGUUCUGGAACAUCAUUCUCCUCUGCUUGAUGUCUGCAGCGGAAACGACAUCAGAUGUGGCCCAUGGCAUUGUCAUCCAGCUGGGAAACCUGGUGCUAUCUCUGGGAGGGAUGCUGGAGAGCCUCAAAAUGAUGGGUUACCUGUCCAUGCAUGUGCUUCUGCGUGGAAAGGAGCAGCUGUAUCGAGGUCUGCUGUCAGUGUUGGAGUUGUGCGGCAUCGCUGUGAGUCUGCUGGUCUAUUUCACCAACACAGUGUUGAACUUUGCGUUCAUUGCCAUCCUGAACCUCUAUUACAUGCUGGUGAGUGUGUGGCAGACCGUUUCCAGCCCUCUUCAGAAAGUUGUCGAACUCACUCUCACCCUCGUCACCUUUCUUUACAGCAGCCUUGUCGGAACCUCGAACUUCCUUUGGACGCCUUGUAAGCUGGUGUUGGACUUCUUGGUCUCACUAAUGCACAUCUUCAUCAGCAUCUUCAUACUCAACAUCUAUGGCUUCUUACUCACUCUCACUAUUGCCAUAGCUACCACCCUCUACCUGAACCCCGAGCUGACGCGUCAAGGGGCACAGCGAACUUUAAACUAUAUUAGCUCAGUCACUUCUCUGCAUAGACUAUCUUUGGCUCUACAGCAUGUAACAUUGUGGCUACAGAGCAUCCAUCAUGUACCUGGUGCUGCGCAACAGCUGCAAAGGAUGCUCCAUCGCCUGUAUGUACUGGAGAGGGGACUUUGGCAAUGGCUUUCUCAGCAUAGUGGUCUAUUAAUCCGAACAGUAAGGACAAAUUGGGACCGCAAUGACAGAGUAGGUGGGGAUGGGGACCCAGGAGAGGAGAGAAGGGACCCACCAGAUGGGAGCGCAGGAGACGGAGCCAUAGAGCUGAUCAAUUUAGACUUACCCUGCUCGAGCACAGACAGGCCCCUAAAGAAACUUUCUUCCUUAAACAAAGACAGCAAACCUCCUCCUGCUGAAAGACUUCUAAGCCUGCUGAAGGAGCAGGAGGAGAGGAAGAGGUGUGUGAUUUGCCAGGAUUGUGCCAAGACGGUGGUGCUUCUGCCUUGCAGACAUCUUUGUCUGUGUAGAGACUGUACUAACAUCCUGUUACGUCAGCCCAUCUACCAGCAGAACUGUCCACUGUGCCGGCAUAUGAUCCUCAACAACAUGGAUGUGUACCUCUGAUGGAUUUAUUGAUCUCUACUUGGUGACCGCCCAUCACAUCAGCCUGUUUCACUAGUCUUUCCUCUACCUGAUAUGACCACUUAGAAGGAUGUUGAGUUUUUUAAUGUUUUUUUUUUCAUUUGUAAGGUUAUGGUUUGAUCUCUUCAUCUACUGACCACAGUAGUCAUUAAGAGCAGUCUAGGAAAGCAAUCUCAAAGAACACAAAAGCUCAAAGCUGAGGCUAAAUGUUUAUUUUUAUGUUUAUGGUAUAUUUAUGUUUAUACAUGUUUACCGUUUAUUUUGUUGUAAUAGUGUUACCUAUGGGUCUCUUGCAGCAGCAGAUGCCAAUAAGUGCAUCUAUGAUGCUGAAAUAUGUGCUGUGUCCGCCUUUUACCUUUAGUAAAAUAAGUUGAAAGAGAACUAACACCAUGCUUGGUAACAUUACUACAUAAAUGAUUGUGUAGUUGUUGACUGUGAAGUAGAAAGUUGGUAAAAAACAAGCACUAUCAACAAAUCAGUUACAGUACAAUCAAUAUCGAAAAAAAUUAUCAUCCUGUAUAAUAUUGCAUCUCUGGAAAGAUGAAAAUUCCUAAAAGCAUUCCAGUGGGACACUGGGUAGUUGUGAUGGUGAAUGUGGUCACCCUGAACAAACUGUUUUUGUGAAUGAUGUGUGUUGAUUCCAACUUUUCAGUGGUAUGGGGCUUUUAUGCAGAGCCAUGUCAAGACUAAAAAGGGAUUUUCUUUGUGUUUGGAUGGAAGCGGUUUAUAAUUUGACCAGUAAUGGUUGAAAAAAAUUGGCCUUAAUAGAUGUAUCCUUCUUGUUUAUAGACCUAAUUCCACCAAACCAUUAAUGGAAUUUUACUGUACAGCCAGUGCCAACAGAUCGCCAUAAAAGGUUUUCCCACUUGAUAGUUAUACUAAAACAUUGUUCUUUCAGAAUCAGAAUCAGAAAUACUUCAUUAACGCUCAUGAAGUUAUAAAUGUUUACAUUUUCUUUUUUGUUAUAUUUGCUGAAAAGUUAUUGAUUACUGUUCAAUUUUUAUGCCACAUUAUUUCUGACAUUAUAUAUUACUCUAGGUGGUGGGUGUGGGAAAAUCGAUUCUUUUGGAAAAGGAGAGCACCAUGUCAUUUUCCCUCUUGACAAUUUUUCACUGAAACAAAGUUGUAUGGUUUUCGAACCCAGUUUGAAUUCUAGGCAGAAUUAUGGAAUAUCCAUUGAAAUAACCAUUCCCUAUUACAUUAUGAUGUUAUGAUGAUGUUAUACUAUCUGUGCCCUCUCUCUCUCUUUGUUGCUAUCAGAAGUCUCAAAAUUUAAACCAGCUUCUCUUUUUGAUUGAUUUGCUCUGUGCCAGACUUAACACUUGAGUAGUUAGGCUUAACCAAAGCAACUGAUGAUUACCCUGAAUGUUCACAAUGUCAUUAAUAGUUCAAGAGCUAUGUCACGGUGUACUUUUCUAAUACCAUUUGUGUCACUGUCAAUUUUUAUAUGAAUGUCAUUGAUUCCAUAUGUUUCAGAGACCAGACUGUUGUCCACACAGACCUCUCUCCCUCUCAGGUAUUCCUAAAUCCUCUUUUGUAACUCCCAAUGUAACCCUGAUAUUGUGGAUUGAGAAUGGACAUUGUAACAAUAAGCAAUGAAGUGUUUUUGUUAGGUGCUGUGGCUGCCACACUGUUAAUCGUGAGUUUACAAUAAACUUAACAUUGAUUCC